ACAAGACGUUAUCAAUCAUUGCUCAACAGGACAACAAAGUCUUCGGAUUCUCCAAGAAUUUUUCGAACAUAUGAAACAUCGGUGUUUCUGUCUUUAUUUCUUCAAGAAAACUGAAAUUUAGUGUAAUAUAACGAACACAGAAGAGAUCAAACACUCUCUUCUUCCUUUAUUCAUCCUGAAUGAAAAUGGGUGUUCACAAGAACAGCCCUAAAGCUUCUCCAAAGCAAAAACCAGCUACUCUCAAAUCCCUUCUUGAUCAUGAUUCAAGGUACAACACUUCCAGCAGACAGUCCCACACUGACUUCUCGACAUCAGAAUAUGAAGAGAUCCUCUCUCUCGUCUCGUAUUGCUCUUACACCUACACAUUCACCGACCCUUCGGAAUCUCCUUCGCUACGAAACCUCAAGCGCGAAAAGCUCACUAAACUUCUCUCGAUAAUAAAACCCCUAAAAAAAUCGGUGGCCCCCGAUGAAAUAUUAUCACCACUUUUCGCCAUGAUAAUGGCGAAUCUCUUCCGCCCCCUCCCUCCCUCCAACACCUCCAUCGUGAGCAUCUCACCGGACGAUGAUGACUUCGUCGCCACAUCAGCAGCCGCAUGGCCCCACCUGCACCUAGUCUACGAAAUCUUAUUACGCCUCGUUGUCCAUUUGGAAGCCAAGACUCUCCGUGAGUACAUUGACGAUUUUUUCGUUCUCAAUUUGCUAGCCCUUUUCCAAUCCGAAGAUCCGAGGGAGCGUGACAGCUUGAAAAAUGUGUACCACAAGAUAUACUCGAAAUUCCAUUCUUCGAGAUCGUUCAUGAGGAAGGCAAUGAAUGAUGUUUUCUUGCAUUAUAUUUUCGGGGGUGACGAAAAGCAUUGUGGGAUUGGAGAUCUGCUCGAGAUUUGGGGUACGAUAAUUAACGGGUUUAGUGUUCCGUUGAAGGAAGAGCAUAAGUUUUUCUUGAUGAGGGUUUUGGUGCCGUUGCACAGGCCGAAAGGUCUGCAGGCGUACCAUAAGCAGUUGGCUUACUGUGUGUACCAGUUUGUGGAGAAGGAGCCUAUGCUUGGGGUGGUGGUGGUUAGAGGUGUAUUGAGGUACUGGCCGAUGACCAACUGUCAGAAAGAAAUUCUGCUCAUAGGGGAGCUUGAAGAAUUAGUGGAGAAUAUGGGGAUUGAGCAGUACAAGAUUAUUGCACUACCUUUGUGUAAACAAAUAACAAAGUGUCUCAACAGUUGGAAUUCGCAGGUAGCGGAGCGUGCUCUAUAUGUUUGGAACAACGAGCGGUUUGUGAAGAUGGCAAUGGAAGGGAUAAACGAAGUGUUUCCGGUUGUGGUUAGAGGGAUGGAAAAGAAUAUAAAAGGGCAUUGGAGCAAAAGUGUACGGCAACUAACGGAAAAUGUGAAGGAAAUGUUGGAAGAAAUGGAGCCAUUUCUUUACUCAAAGUGCCUAUCCGAGCUUGACCGUUAUGACUCUGUUAGAUGUGAAGAGGAGAUUCGACGAAAGGAGAUGUGGGGGAAAAUAGAAAUUGCUGCAAAAAUGAAUCGAUUCGACUAUGACUCGUAAUAGCUAAGGCAUCGAUCGUUAUUAGAACCGGUUUAUGGUUGCACACUCACCUUCAAUUAUAUAUUCGUGUAUAAAUUAAUUCACAAACUAUUGUUUUCUGCUACAAUAAAUACAAAUAUUGGUGGAACUAUCUUCUUACAAAUAUAUAAUAUGACAUCAAGUUCAUAUAUGUAUUGAUUCAAAAACACAUAACAGCCAGAAACAACUCUUAUUUAUUUAUUUAAUAAUAAUAAUACAGAAAAAUAAGUUGUCCAGCAACAUAAAGUUCGAUCAAAACAA